AGUCGGCAUGACAACGCGCUCUCCAGGGCAAACCGGGAACAGCUGAUGGAGGAGGAGGAUGGCAGCUCAGCAUGUCCAGUAACGGAACCCGCGCAGACAGCAGAACCGCCGCCGGUUCGGUCCAGCUGCCGGCCAUGGAGAGAGCGCGGCCCAUCACGGUGAAGGUGUCCGCGGUGAGCCUGGCGCUCAGCUCGCUGUCCCUGCUGCUGCUGGUCACCGCCAUCUCCACCGACCACUGGUACCAGACCGACACCCGCAGGCACAAGCAGAACUGCGACGGUUCCGACUCCAACGACCAAAAGAACCGGGAGAUGCCCAUCUACCACCUGCCGCUGGUGGACACCGGCGGCGCCGCGGCCCGGCAGCGGGACGUGGCGCUGAUGAAGCCCGUGCAUGUGGGCAGCAGGGAGGAGGAGCUGCUGGAGAACUGGCGGGCCAUCCUGGGGAUGGGCAUCCUGGAGACGGAGUGCGGCAGGCCGCUGUUCUCCACGCACUCCGGCCUCUGGAGGAAAUGCUACUUCAAGGGAUUGGACCCGGACAUCGACAAGCUGAUCGACCGGGGUAUCGCAGAUCGCUGCACGGCUGUGAAGUACCACUUCUCUCAGCCAAUCAGAUUAAGGAACAUCCCUCUGAACCUGACCAGGACCAUCCAGCAGGACGAGUGGCACCUGCUGCAUCUGCGGCGCAUCACGGCGGGCUUCCUGGGCAUGGCGGCCGCCGUCCUGCUGUGCGGCAGCAUCGUGGCGUCGGUCGGCUUCUUCUGGGAGGAGAGUCUGACGCAGCACGUCUCCGGCCUGCUCUUCCUUAUGGCAGGGAUCUUCUGCACCAUUUCUCUGUGCACGUAUGCAGCCAGCGUGACCUACGACCUCUCCAGGAACCCGCCCUUCAUCUAUGGUCUCCCGUCCGACGUGGACCACGGCUAUGGCUGGUCCAUCUGCUGCGCCUGGGCCAGCCUGGGUCUGACCGUCGCCUCCGGCUGCCUCGGAACCGCCUUCCCUUUCCUCAGCCGGGCCGGCGCGCUCCGAUCCAAAACGGCCCGUGAAUCCUCCGUGUGAGCCGCCGGUACCGGCUGUGCGACUUUGGACCUCAGGUGGACAGACUCACCUGUCUGUAGAUGCUUUGUGUAGGUAGCGCCCCCUGGUGGAGGUGAACUAAGGAAGUGUUAACUGAAUCCAGUUGGGCUCUGACCACAGCAAAUUUUCAGGUGUUCUGCUAUGACAUCACAGGUGGGCGUGGCCACACGGACCGCUGCUCCUCACAGUUUCUCCUGAGAGUUUUAUUUUGGAGGAUGAGGAAUGUUUUUCAUUCCACUGGGCUCCCCACUGCCCAGGUCUGGACUUGUUAAAAAUCACAGCUUGUUAACAUGUCUGGACUCGUUAACUCAACUCGUUAACGUCUCUGGACUCGUUAAAAUCUCUGGACUCGUUAACGUCUCUGGACUAGUUAACAUCUCUGGACUAGUUAAUAUCUCUGGACUCGUUAACGUCUCUGGGCUCGUUAACAUCUCUGGACUCGUUAACGUCUCUGGACUCGUUAAGAUCUCUGGACACGUUAACGUCUCUGGACUAGUUAAUGUCUCUGGACUAGUUAACGUCUCUGGACUAGUUAACGUCUCUGGACUAGUUAAUAUCUCUGGACUCGUUAACGUCCCUGGACUAGUUAAUAUCUCUGGACUAGUUAAUAUCUCUGGACUCGUUAACGUCCCUGGACUCGUUAACGUCUCUGGACUAGUUAAUAUCUCUGGACUAGUUAACAUCUCUAGACUCGUUAACAUCUCUGGACUCGUUAACGUCUCUGGACUCAUUAACGUCUCUGGACUAGUUAAUAUCUCUGGACUAGUUAAUGUCUCUGGACUAGUUAACGUCUCUGGACUCAUUAACAUCUCUGGACUAAUUAAUGUCUCUGGACUAGUUAACGUCUCUGGACUCAUUAACAUCUCUGGACUCAUUAACGUCUCUGGACUAGUUAAUAUCUCUGGACUAGUUAACGUCUCUGGACUCAUUAACAUCUCUGGACUAAUUAAUGUCUCUGGACUAGUUAACGUCUCUGGACUAGUUAAUAUCUCUGGACACGUUAACGUGUCUGGACUCAUUAACGUCUCUGGACUAGUUAAUAUCUCUGGACUAGUUAACAUCUCUGGACUAGUUAACAUCUCUGGACUCAUUAACGUCUCUGGACUCGUUAACGUCUCUGGACUCAUUAACGUCUCUGGACUAGUUAAUAUCUCUGGACUAGUUAACAUCUCUGGACUCAUUAACGUCUCUGGACUCGUUAACGUCUCUGGACUCGUCAACGUCUCUGGACUCGUUAACGUCUCUGGACUCGUUAACGUUUCUGGACUUGUUAAUGUUUCUGGACUCGUCAACGUCUCUGGACUCGUUAACGUCUCUGGACUAGUUAACGUCUCUGGACUAGUUAAUGUCUGGACUCGUUAACGUGUCUGGACUCGUUAACGUUUCUGGACUCGUUAACGUUUCUGGACUCGUUAAUGUUUCUGGACUCGUUAACGUCUCUGGACUCGUUAACGUCUCUGGACUCGUUAACGUUUCUGGACUCGUUAACGUUUCUGGACUCGUCAACGUCUCUGGACUAGUUAAUGUCUCUGGACUCGUCUCUCAGCUUGAUAAAUUUGUGGAUUCCAGGUGUUUCUGCUCCAGCCCAGGUCAGGUGACUGCAGGUGAUCAUCUGAUUGGAUGAAACAAACGUCUCUACUGAGCGUGCUCAGAAGUUUCAGUCUGUAGGACGAACUGGGCCAGUGGUUGCUUAAGAACCGGACCUGCAGAACGGACCUGAAACUCUGCUGCUCCUGUCCAGAAUUCUGCUGCUUGGGUCCAGUUCCAUCAGAACGUGAAGGCGAGUCAAUCGGACCUUACCGGGUCAAUGGGUUGGUUGGUUCUGGUUGGAGAAGCCCAGAGAUUGGUUCUGUGAACGUUGGACCACAGCCUGGAUGUAAAUACUGUAAAUGUUCUGAUCUGGUAUUAUUCUGCAGCCGUGUUCUGAUAGUUCUUUUCAUUCAGCUACUGAGCCACAAACUGGAAGGAACCAACCGGACCGAACCAGUUUCCAGGUCAGAGAGUUUAUGGGUCAGAAAAAACAGAACCAGGUACAUUUCACUGACCACCCUGGUUCUGCCUGAGCUAUGGCAGAAUCUGCUCCAGAACCCGGGUCUGGAUCCAGCUGCUUCCCAGAUGGAACUUCCUCAGAACCCAGUAUACCGGUCCAGUUCUGUUACUGUGGAGCCGGGUCAGGAACUCCUGGAUCAGAACAAGAUGCCUCAAGUCCAUCUCAGCCGUCCAGGUUUCUGUCCUCAUUGCCCAGAGACUCUCUGACCUGUUAAUGUCAGCCGCAACCGAUCCCUUACAGAACCUUGUGCUGGGUUCUGCUGCCCCCCACUGGGUUCUGCUGCCCCCCACUGGGUUCUGGAGGUGCCUCUGUAUCCGCUGAUGUCAUUCUGAGAUGUAUCUGUAAAUAAACGAUGUAACGCCUC